AUGAGAUCAGUCGACAAAGUUAAAAAGAUGAAUCCUAAUCAAGAAUUCAAUGAGUCAUCAAAUAUAUCAACCAAAGAUGAUAGCAACAGUGAGUUUUUUAUCGACGAUUAUUCACAUUUACGGCUAUCGUACUAUCAAUGGCGAGGGGACGAACCUAACUCCACAUUGGACAGCACAUCUGACCUGUCGUUAUGUAAUAUAGAAGAUCCAAAACCUAUUGACAAUGAUAGUAGCGACGAAGGAAGAAAAAAACUUCGGCAAUAUCUUAUAUCACAAAUACCAGAUUUUCCGCAUCCAUCCUGCACAGUGGCAUCCAUUAUAGCAUCUGCUUCACAACGAAUGAACUCUCGCAAGAGUAGUUUUAUAUAUGACAAGAGAAUUGAAGAGGGCGUUAAGAAGAAACGUGCUCCCGUGAUAUUUUCUCCAGAACGACGGUCGACAUUAAAAACAAUCAAACGAAAUGCGUUCUAA